AACUCCCCAAAAAAUGGAAAAACCCUUCCAAGAUUUAUCCAAAAUAUUAUGACACAAUAUGCAAUACUUUUAUCCAAACGCCUUUUAUUUUGAAACUGGAGUUCUUCUCCGAAACGCCUCAGAUGUGUUUCCUCCGGUGACCAGCGGAGACGAUAACAACACAUUUUAGAGAACUUCCGCCUUUCAUUGAGCAACAACUGCAUAUGAAAAUAAGACACAAGAUUGACAUGAGAAUGAGAUGAAGUGUGACCUUCGCGGGACAAACAUCUGCACAGUGAGCGGACACAGUGUUUGUUGCGGGGCUGCAGAGGACUGUAGUUGCUGUUUUUUGCGUUGCUGAUUUUGAUUGUGUCCACAGACCCUGAGUCUGAAGGAGGCGGUGCUUCAACGUCACGUUCGAUAAAUGAAACUUAUCUUUAGUCAGCGCAGAGCAGCAGACUCUUGCGUUCCCGUCUAAAGAAAUAUUAAAAAAGAUUUUGUCGAUACUUUCUCAACAACUGACCCAUACUGAGAUGUCUGCUGUCAGCUGUCUGCUGUCUGAAGACCAGUUUCGAUGCUCCAUCUGUCUGGAUGUGUUCACUGAUCCAGUCUCCACACCAUGUGGACACAACUUCUGCAUGAACUGCAUCACCAAACACUGGAGUUCUUAUUACAAGUGCCAGUGUCCCUUGUGUAAUGAGGCUUUUACCACCAGACCUGAUUUGAGGGUCAACACCUUGUUCUCUGAGAUGGUUGUUCAGUUCAGACAGUCUGCUCAGCAGAAAGCCAGCAGCAGCAGCUCAGAGCAACAAGAGUCCAAACCAGGAGAAGUUCCCUGUGACGUCUGCACUGGAACCAAAGUGAAGGCCCUCAAGUCCUGCCUGGUGUGUCUGGCCUCCUACUGUGAGACUCACCUGGAGCCUCAUCUGACAGCUUCACGCCUGAGAAGACAUCAGCUGGUCGACCCUGUGGAGAACCUGGAAGGCAGGAUGUGUACGAAGCACGAUAAACCUCUGGAGCUGUUCUGUAAGAGCGACCAGACGUGUGUCUGCAUGCUCUGCCCCGCUUUGGACCACAAGAUGCACAAGAUUGUUCCUCUGAAAGAAGAAUAUGAAGAAAAGAACGCAGAGUUGGGGAUGAAAAAGGUGGAGUUGCAGCAGAUGAUCCAGAAGAGACAGCUGAAGAUUCAGGUGUUCAAACACUCUGUGAAGCGUAUUAAAGAGAACGCCUACAUGGAGGUCGCCGAGAGCGUUCGCGUCUUCACUUCCCUGAAGAAGUCACUUGAUAGAGGCCUGAACAAGCUCAUCAAAACGAUAGAGGAGGAGCAGAAAACCACACAGAAACAAGCCGAGGCUUUCAUCAGAGAGCUGGAGCGGGAAAUCUCCGAGCUGAAGAAGAGGAGCGCUGAGCUGGAGCAGGUCUCCCUGUCCGGAGACCACGUCCACCUCCUUCAAAGCUUCCCGUACCUGAACGCCAAUCCACCCACCGAGGACUGGACGGACGUCAGCGUCCAGCCGCCGUCCUACGAGGGGACCGUGGUGAGCGCUCUGCUCCAGCUGGAGAAGAACCUCAGCAGGGAGAUGAAGAAGCUGUUUGCUGAAGCUGAGCUGAGGAGGGUCCAGAAGUUUGCCGUGGAUGUGACCCUUGAUCCUGAAACCGCUCAUCCUGAACUCCUCCUGUCUGACGACGGGAAGCGAGUGAAACACGGAGAUGUGAAGAAGAAUCUCCCAGACAACCCAGAGAGAUUUUCUCAUUAUAAUUUUGUUUUGGCCAAGCAGAGCUUCUCCUCGGGCAGAUCCUACUUUGAGGUUCAGGUUAGAGGGAAGCCCAAGUGGAUCUUAGGCGUGGUCAGCGAGUCGGUGUACAGGAAGGGACUCGUCACCAUGACACCUGAAGCUGGAUACCGGACCAUAUGGCUGAGAAACGGAAAUGAAUACAAAGCCCUUGCCAGCCCGUCGGUUCCUCUCCGUCUGACGUCUGGUCCUCAGAAGGUGGGGGUGUUUGUGGACUAUGAGGAGGGUGUGGUCUCCUUUUAUGACGUAGAAGCUGCAGCUCUCAUCUACUCCUUCACUGGCGGCUCCUUCGCUGAGAAGCUCCUCCCGUUCUUCAGUCCCUGCAGGAACGACAGUGGUCAGAACGCCGCCCCUCUGAUCAUCUCUCCCGUUAAUCAAAAGGUCUGAUCUUUAUUUUAUGAUCAGCCGUUGAAUGAACAGUGAAAAAUCAUAUUAAAUAAUCCUCUUAUACUUUGUCCAGAAGGUUGAUUUAUACUAUAAUACAGAAACUAAUGCCGACACUGUGAUUUGAUUAGAGACAUAAAAACUAAACAAUCACAGGUGGAUGAAGAUCCUCACGUAUGGCAUCAAAUGUGCAUAUUCUUCAUUAUUCUGUCACCCAAUGAGUCACCAGAUAAACAGGAAGAGUUUCACUGACAAAAGUUUGGAUUUGUUUGAUGGUUUUGCUUCUUAAAGACAAAUGUAUGAAUGUAGUGAUGAGUAAUGUUGCUUUUAAAUCACUGGGCUUUUGAUAUAAUUGCACCGUUCAUUUUAAUUAUCAUAUCGUUGGCUUUUACUUUCUUUCAUUAUUUCCCUUUUAAAUGUUUUACAUAAAGCAGUUUGGACGGCCGUUCGUUUUGUGUUUGAAUAAUAAAAUCACCAGAUUAUUUUGGUUUUAAAAGGCUUCACUCACAAGUCCUUGACGGAUUAUUUUAAACACGUGAUUUAGCUCUUUCCUAAAAGUCAGAGCAGGUUGAUGUACAUCACGUCAGUGACUAAAACAGAGGCUGUAAAGAGAAUAAAAACCUGUUUUGUGAUGAUU